AUACAAAGUUAAAAUCAAUUAAAAUCAUACCAAGUAGCCAAAUUAUAUGUCCCUAUUGAAUAAAUGUACCACACAAUUGUAACGUGCAUUGUUACUGCAAGGUGGAAAUAUUACUGUGGUAAAUUAACACCUCAAACUUGUUAUUCUGAUGCCAAUCAUUUAAAGCAAUUUCACGCAUUUACCAUUAUACAAGCUGAAGUCAGUCCAAAAGCAUACAUUGCAAAAAUUUGUUGAAUUGCAUAACUAAAUAUUUUUUAUAACUAAACCAAGAUAUACCACAGCCUGUAGUUUCCAAAUGGCAACAAAUUAGUCAAGUGGGCAGAGCCAAGCACGAGCUAGUUAGAACCUAUUGGGCGUAAUAUGUAUUUGCAUAUUUCCGUGUAGUAACUCAAUUCGCACUCCUAAACAACGCUAUUUUUAAAAAACUUUAGCAAAGGGUAAAAAAAAAAACAUUAAACGUAGUCAACUCGGUUCAUAACAGGUUUUAUUCUUAGGACCAGAACUUUAUUGAGAUCAAAUGUUUCGUCGAUGAGAAAAUGUGUAGAAUCUCGGCAAAAUCCAUCUCCUUCCAUCUUCUCCCACUGGGCGUGGAUGAUUCACAUUUAUACUUCCGGUGAAACAUCGUCUCAUUGGUCUAUCUGUUGCGUAACGUCAACAGUUUUGCUUCCGUACCGACGCCAUUUUUUGUUACCUUUAUGCGUCCUUUGUUCAACUGGCUAGUGAAUCAGCAUAAAAAUGGGGGAGAAAAACUGACAAACGUCGCUACAGGGUGGUACUGGGAAUGGAUCACGUGAAGCACACAGGCACAUGCCAUUGUGGGGCUGUCAGAUUCGAAGUCUGGAAUUCCCCAGACCUUCUUGUUUUCGAUUGCGAUUGUAGUAUUUGCACCAAGAAGCAGAACCAUCAUUUCAUUGUGGCAAAGAAUCAGUUUACCCUUUUACAGGGUUGGGAUCAUCUGACCACAUAUACAUUCAAUACACACGCUGCCAAGCACACAUUCUGUAGGAUCUGUGGAGUCCAGAGUUUCUACACCCCACGCUCCAAUCCUGAUGGAUAUGGCAUAGCUCCUCACUGUCUGGACCCAGGUACGGUACGCAGUGUGACAGUAGAGAAGUUCUGUGGAAAGAAGUGGGAGGAGAGCAUGCAGAACCACCAGACUAUCAAAGGCAUGUCCAAGCCUGUAGCAGACACACACAGCUGAGAUAGAAACAGACAGUCCCCUAUUACUGAGCCAACUGUUUCUUCAAACAAAUCAAAAAGUGUCUGAAAUAAAAAGACCAAACCUACUCUGUUUGGUCACAACCAA